UUGAUCUUACUCCAUAUGCCUAUAUCCCCUCAAUGGCCAAACCACUGGCUCACUCCUCACUCCACUCUUUUCCCUCAUCAUCUUCUUCAACCUCAUCAUCUUUUUUAUGUCCCAUAACGGUAUGCUCUUCUUUUCCCACUCAAUUGCUGACAAACUCAGAAAUCUCAAUUCUUUCCUCAGUUUCCUCUUGUUCUUCCAAGCUCCAGUUCAUUCCACACCACUCCACUGCUACAACUACAACACUAAAGCAUCCAAUUUUGCUCUUCACUGCCCUUGAUACGCCCCCUGUUGAUACCCAAUCCUUUCUUGCCACUGUUAGUGUCUUGGCUGCCAUUGUUCUCUCCCUAUUUCUUGGCCUCAAGGGGGAUCCUGUUCCUUGUGACAGGUGUGCUGGAAAUGGUGGUACCAAAUGUGUCUUCUGCAAUGAUGGUAAGAUGAAAAUGGAAACAGGGCUGGUUGAUUGCAGGGUCUGCAAGGGUGCAGGUUUGAUACUGUGUAAGAAGUGCGGAGGCUCUGGAUAUGCAAGACGUUUGUAAAGAACUUUAGAACCCCCAGAAUUGCUUUCUCCCCUUGUAAUUGCUAAUAUGGAAGAUAAUGUCAUAUCCCUAAUUCAUUUAUUCAAGACUAUCUUCUUAGCA